UGUCAUUUUUAUCGAGACCUUGGAAAAUGUCCCUGUCUGGCUGGGUGUGUGUGGUCACAGGAGCCUCCAGAGGAAUCGGCCGGGGAAUCGCUCUGCAGCUGUCUGAGGCCGGAGCCACCGUCUACAUCACAGGACGCCAGGAGAACACGCUGAAACAAACGGCUGCUCAGGUUAAGGAGAGAGGUGGAAACUGUGUGCCGGUUAUCUGUGAUUCUACUAAAGACGGAGACAUUGAAGAGCUGUUUGAGCAGAUUAAACGUGAACAGAACGGCCGACUGGAUAUCCUGGUUAACAACGCCUACGCUGGAGUACAGGCUAUCUUUGAGAACAUCGGGACCAAGUUCUGGGAACUUGAUCCAACCAUUUGGGAUUCCAUCAACAACACAGGUCUCAGAGGCCACUAUUUCUUCUCAGUUCAUGCAUCCCGCAUGAUGGUGGCUCAGGGUCGGGGUCUGAUAGUCACCAUUUCAUCUAUCGGGGGACUGAUGUAUCUCUUCAAUGUGCCAUAUGGUGUUGGAAAAGCUGCAUGUGACCGGCUAGCAGCAGACAUGGCUGUUGAUCUGAAAAACAGAGGAGUGGCUUCUGUCAGUCUGUGGCCGGGAGCGGUACAAACAGAGCUGGUGACUCAGUACAUACUGGAGAAAGAAACACCACAGGGUGUCACUCCUAAGCUUAAAGAUGUAUGUGCCAAUGGAGAAACCCCAGAAAUGAGCGGGAAGUGCAUUGUGAACCUGGCCAAAGAUAAAAAUCUGAUGUCCCUGACUGGGAAAGUGCUCAUGACUUGUGACCUGGCGAGGCGCUACGGGUUAAAAGAUGUCGAUGGACGGAGUGUUGCUGAUUUCACCUCCCUCAGGUUCCUGCUGAGCCAGGUCCCCUAUCUCUCCUGGCUGUCAGCUGUCGUCCCUUCAUUCCUCCGUGUGCCACGCUUCGUGCUCACUCUGGCUAGUGGACGCUUCUAAAAACAUUUCUAGUCUUAUGGAGUCUUAUAGGGCUAUUUUGUCCAUUUUUGAAUCCUUUUCAAG